GGGCGGAGCCUGUCGGAGUCGCCCCGAGCCGGCCGCGGCCGGGGAGCUGCUGGCGCUGCUGCUGCUGGGGCUGCUGCUGCUGGGGCUGCUGCUGCUGCUGCUGCGACGGCCGCGGCGGCGGCGGCGGCAUUCGCAUCUGCAGCGCCAGGGCCUGGGGGGAGAGCCGGGAGUGCCCUUGGGCAGCCAGCGCGAGCCUCGCUGCGUGGCUGAGUCGGUUUCCGCGGUCACCCAGACAUCUUGGCGGCUCCGGACUUAGCCCCCCGCGAGGAUGCGGCUGUUCCGGUGGCUGCUCAAGCAGCCGGUGCCCAACCAGAUCGAGCGCUACUCGCGCUUCUCGCCCUCCCCUCUCUCCAUCAAGCAGUUUUUGGACUUUGGAAGGGACAAUGCUUGUGAAAAGACCUCAUACAUGUUUCUACGGAAGGAGCUUCCUGUACGUCUAGCAAAUACAAUGAGAGAAGUUAACCUUCUGCCCGAUAAUUUGCUCAAUCGGCCUUCAGUAGGCUUGGUCCAGAGCUGGUAUAUGCAGAGUUUCCUCGAACUGUUAGAAUAUGAGAAUAAGAGCCCUGAGGAUCCACGAGUCUUAGAUAACUUCCUGCAAGUUCUCGUUAAAGUUAGAAAUAGACACAAUGAUGUGGUUCCCACCAUGGCCCAAGGAGUUAUCGAGUACAAGGAGAAGUUUGGGUUUGACCCAUUCAUUAGCAGUAACAUCCAAUAUUUCCUGGACCGAUUUUAUACCAACCGCAUCUCUUUCCGUAUGCUUAUUAAUCAACACACUCUUCUCUUUGGCGGCGAUACUAAUCCAGCUCAUCCCAAACACAUCGGAAGUAUUGAUCCCACCUGCAAUGUAGCAGAUGUAGUGAAAGAUGCAUAUGAAACGGCCAAAUUACUAUGUGAACAGUAUUACCUGGUAGCUCCCGAACUGGAGGUCCAAGAAUUCAAUGCCAAAGCUCCAGACAAGCCUAUUCAGGUAGUAUACGUGCCCUCACAUCUGUUUCACAUGCUGUUUGAGUUGUUCAAGAACUCCAUGAGAGCGACCGUGGAACUGCACGAAGAUAGAAAAGAGGGUUACCCGGCCGUGAAAACCCUUGUUACUCUGGGAAAAGAAGACUUGUCCAUCAAGAUCUGUGACCUAGGCGGUGGGGUCCCACUCCGAAAAAUCGAUCGUCUCUUUAACUACAUGUACUCCACUGCCCCGAGACCCAGUCUGGAACCGACGAGAGCUGCCCCUCUGGCUGGAUUUGGUUAUGGUCUACCAAUUUCUCGACUGUAUGCUAGAUAUUUCCAGGGAGAUUUAAAACUCUAUUCUAUGGAAGGAGUAGGCACUGAUGCUGUCAUAUAUUUAAAGGCUCUUUCAAGUGAGUCAUUUGAACGACUUCCGGUUUUCAACAAGUCUGCCUGGCGUCAUUACAAGACCACGCCAGAGGCCGAUGAUUGGAGCAAUCCCAGCAGCGAGCCCAGGGAUGCCUCCAAAUACAAGGCGAAACAUUGCAGUUUUCAAGAACCAGUGGAUGAAGUUAAGUGAUGACUUACAGUAUGUAAAAGUGCAUAAUCGGACAAGAUCAAGACUAAUAGAACUUUCUAGGAAAUUAAAUUCUUCAGUCCUCGUUAUGAAGCAAGAUUAUCUUCCACAUGUCAACUAGAAAGAACUUUCCUCCACCAAGUUCAAGUUUAAGUUAAAACAUCAUAGCUAUUCUAGUGCUUCAGUGUGUAUUUGCUCCAUACCAUCUGUAACCUUCCUGUAGUACUCCCCGUUUCCACUCAAGUACCACUAAAGUAACUUCACAUAGUGUAUUGCUGUGAUUCAGUUGGCGCCUGUCACAAGAGAGCACAAAACCUCAUCAGUGCGCUCAUGUGCUCAGUAUUCUCUUAUGCUUUUAGAGUCAAGAAUCUGCCGCGGCUCCAAUAUUCUUGCUUCCUUCCCCAUUCCUGUACAACGGCUCUCCGCUGUUGCUCUUUGUGACCAAAUAUGCUGUUUGUCCCAAACCACCAGCUUAUACCUGGGGAGACCGGAAGUUAAGGACAUCAGCUGAGCGUGUCUUGAUAAUUCCAAGGGCCCAGAGGUGUCAUAUCUCUCCCUCCACACUCUCUGGUUUUAACUUUGCCUUCUUGCAUUUGAUUGUAUUGUCAUUGUGAGGUGUGAGUACUUUGGCAUCGGAUCACUCUUGGAAUCAUUAAUUUUGCUUUAAAAUUCUCUUGUGUACUUCCUUCCAUCCUGUUGAUUAAAGCAUUCCAAAAGUUGUCUUGGAAUUUUUCACUCAGCUGCUUGGUUUCAAAGAUCUUAAGUAAAAACUAUCUUCUAGUCAUUUUCAAGUUUGUAAAGAAUGGGAAAUAGAAUUUUUAUGCUUAUAUAAAACUUUUGCUAAUCUAAUACUGUACCUUUGUCAUAUUUUAGUGUAGUUUUCUAAGGAAUUGGAAAUCCCUGUGUGGUGCACUUUAUUAGUUAUAAAAUAGACCAUUGAGGGGGAAAAGUUUUUUCUAGUUUAUUUUGAAAAAUGCCUUGGGUUGUCUUAAUUUUUAUUUGCCAAGUUUUAGAAUUUUCCAUCUACCUUUAUGACCCUUUACUUUUUUGUUGAAAGUUGGGAUUGGCUGGGGACGUGGGGCAAUGAAAGAGGAGCCAUGGUAGACUUGGACAUGGAAGCUGUCAGAGAGUGUUGAUCCCAACCUGCCAGUGCAAGAGCCGAGAGGCUCGGGGUACAAUACCCAGCACUGCAUGUCCUCAACCCCCCAGCACCACUGGGGAUAGUCCCCACAAGAGUAGCAGAAAAAUAAAAGAAAAGCUGUAACUUAUAUAACCCCACAAGACGUGCAGUUGUGCCCACCUGCCAUCAAAUUGAGGGCCUUACCCCCCCCCGCCCGCUAGCCAUUGUGUUUUAACCAGCUCUGCAUGGACUUGUGAUAGCUCUGUUUGUCUUCAUUCCACUGAAUCUGGUUUUCUUUACUUCCAUGUUACUUAAGCUCCUGGCAGUCACCUUCAUCUUUAGAAAGAUCUCAUCUUUUUCAUCCUUAGAAGGAUCUCUUCAAAGAACUCAUGUAAUCUUUUGGAUCAAAGAAAGACUGAUGUUCUUCCAAAAUAGAGAUGAUGAGAUGGCUCAUAUAUAGAAGCCAGUACAGUGUCUUUGAGGUCCGGUUGUUCAUAUGUUAUUUCUUUGUGGUGUAAAAGAUACAUAAAAAUAACAUCUUUCUUAUCUAAAGUUACAAACUUCCAUAUAAAUACCCAACAGUAUGUCAGUAUUUUAAUGAGGCUUCCAUUCCCUACUGUAAUUCGUUGUGUUUUCAAGUCUGAUGUGUAAGGGGAAAGAGGCAAUAGACAAAGAAAUUGUUCACUCUUGCCUUUUAGCAGGAUCUUGACUGUGUUGUUGAGGAUGCGAUCAGAUCUUGGCCCCUCGAAGAUGCAGAUAGGCCGUUCACCUUUCACGAGGCCGAGCCGGGUUUGAUUCCUCCAUCCCUCCCAGAGAGCCUGGCAAGCUACUGAGAGUAUCUUGCCUGCACAGCAGAGCCUGGCAAGCUACCCGUGGUGUGUUCGCUAUGCCCAGUACAGUAACAAGUCUCACAAUGGAGAUAUUACUGGUGACAAACUAUCAGAUUUCCCUUAUAGGCUUUUUUCAAAACAUAUUUUCUUUCAAUGUUUCAAUGACAUAAUUGGUAGGCCUUCAGUAAUAUCUGCUCUGGCUAACUCCUAUUCAUAUAACCCCAGAGUAGAGGUAUAGAGGCAAUGGUUGCCUCUCCUGCCUUUGUUUUCUGAAUUAAAAAUUUUACUCUGCUUCUAAAGCAACCAGGAAUCUUUUGCAUUCUCAGCGUUUAGGCCCCCAAAAUUAUUUAUCCCUUUUAUCAACUGUGUGUGAUUCUAUAUGCAAGUAGGUGUUUUCCCCUGUUUGCUGGGUUGUCUUUAAACAUCAGUAAAAUAUCUCCAUAUAAAUUGUAAUAUAAACAGAUGCUAACUUUGUUUAGUUUUCCAGUUCCUCUCUGUCUUCUGUUAUGGUCUACUCAAUUUUAAGUAUUUGGGGACUGUGUCUACUCUUUAGAAUAGUGCCUGGCCAAUAUUAGGCACUUCAUAUUGGUUGAAUCAAUGAAUGAAAAUCGAGUGAGAUUUUUCUUGGGUGGUUGGCAACAUCUAAGCUCUUGAACUAUCUUUGUUUUCUAGCUUAAAAUAGUUCAGUUCAGGAGCUGUGGAAGUAAUGAAACUUCUUUUCAUAGUGCUAACCAGUACCUUUAAACUGUACAAGUGAAGGGAAAUAAGUAGGCCUGGAUCCACCAGACGUAUCUGUUGUUUUGUCUCUAAGAAUAUAUGAUUUGGACUCCUUAAUGUAGUGAGUUCUUUCCAGCCAAUCUGGAAAUGUGGUUCUAUAGUCUUGCUUAUAGAUUCCAAAGAAAUUUAUGUCCAGCAACUCAUUUGAUCCUUGUAAUACUGUGAGGGGUGGACCAUGCAGGUAUUAUCUCUUAGUCAUAUGAGUACCAAAGCUGUUCACUGGUUGGCUUAAUGGCACAAUAAACGAAUCUAUAAACCAAAGUAUUAGUAAUUGGGUCUUUUUUUACCCCUAGACCCCUGUGCACCAGGUAAUUAGCAUUAUGUCUUUUGAGGAAUUUCUUUGGUGUACUAGCCUUCAAGGGUGAUAUAAACCCCGUUUUUUUUGUUUUUGUUUUUGUUUUGCAAUGCAACAUUCUUCCACUACUCAGGAGAGGUGUUCUUUGUAUGUUUUCAUUUUGCUAGAGUUAGAGGAGAUAAUCAAAUCGAAUUGGCAGCUUUUACCUGGAAAGACAGGCAGCUUAAAGUAUAUAGCAAUAGGUAAUUGCUAGAGUUAUCUAGACUUAAUUCUGUGUUUGAAUGAACACAGUGAUCACUGCCAGCCCUCUCAUACAACGACUCCACAUUUGAGAGUUGAUGCUUUCAUCCUUUGGUGGACUGGAUUUUUCACCACCAUUGGAUUUUCUUGUCUAUUUUUAAAUGUGCGUCUCGCUACUCUUUGUGAGCAGUCACAUAGCAACUCUUCGAUCCUUGGGUCACAUCCUUUUCCUUGAGUCUUUGGAGAGAUCACUUCAUGCAGUGAAAAUGAGGAAACUCCAGGGAAUUCCCCCAGUGGUAGAGGGGGUUCGUAUUUCUGUUCUCUGGGUUUCGGUGAAGCCAUCGGUUGUGUGACAGACUGAGUUACUGCUUGUCUCUUCAGCUCCCAACUUCUCUCCUCGGUUUGUACCUUGCGCACGCACUAUGUGUGCGGCUUCUCCGCUGCCUGCCACCUGCCCUUGUCUCUCCCACUGAUGGGUUGUGUCCUGUGAACCUUUUCAUCAGCUGCCCAGCAACUGUGGCCUGCUUGGGAAAUGUGAUAGUCCUCCUCUGAUUAGUCCCCAACUUUGUUGGGUCUGUCAGGUGCUCCUCUGGAGGCCCUGGCAUGGGGUGGUAGCUUUUAUUCGUUGCAUUAUAGCCAGCUUCUUUUUUCAGUUCUUGGAUGUGUGUGUUGCAGGGCAAGAGCCCCUAUAUAAAUACGCCUUUAUGCUGCCAUCCUUCCCAGCCGUCCAGGUGCUUAAACAUUGACUUUGAAGAUAAUGUCCUUCAUCAUCCUAUUCUAUUUAUUAGUAAACAGAAGGAACCAAUAUCACUUAACAAGAGAACCAUUACUGGCUUAAUCGAUAUGGGGUUUUUGUUUAUUCUGCGUGUGGAGAGAUAACUUUUAACUCAAGCUCCCACUGCAUUGGUUAGAUAUAUCAGUCCCGUCUGGUGUGAAAAUAAAGGAAAUGUGACAUUUUAAUAAGCUUCCGUUAUCAGCCAUUGACAGUUAUUAAUUAAAUAUGAUAAAGUAUUUCAAACUAGCGCACAACCAGAGUUGUCAAGGAAAGUCACCGCUACUUUUUUUUUUUAUAAACAGUUGCUAGUGAACUGCCUCAGAGGGAGCUCUCCCUGGAGAGAGCUUUGCUCUGCUUCUGGUUUCCUUACCUGCCUUUUCAACUGACAGCUUUAGAAUUGGAUUCUGAGACACGGAAAGGUGUUACAUCCUGACCUGGAUUCUUUUAUUUAGGACUAUAUGCCGAAGCAGGUUGUUGAUGUACUCUCUUGGAGGCACACCCGUUCAUGUUUCCAAAAUGCACUUGCAGUUUGAUCCCAAGUUGUGGGUUUCUGUAGCCUGUCGGGAGGCCCGAAGUCUCCUUUCCUUGGUGGUCGCCGUAGUCCGCUAGGCAAACCUUCCUCCCCUUCGAGCUGAGAGACAUGAGCAGGGAGCCUGACUCCAUGCAUCCACUUCACCCCCACACAGUGCCUUCCCCUAAGGCCAGAGGCUGUGCCCUGGUUCUACUUGAAACGGGAACUUGAACACAUCCCCCCACGUAAGGGGAGAGUGAAGUGAAAGUGGGAGCCAGAAGCGUCAUGGUCAUGGAAAGAUAAAGAAUGUUCAUCCCUCCAUUUCGGUAAGAGUGUCUGGUGGUGUGUGUCAUGUGCUGGGUCUGUGAUGGUGAUUGCCGCCCUCAGACAUGCCUUCCCCGGGGAAGCUGAGGCACAGGUAGGGGAGACAGUGAGGCACACGACCAGGAAAGUUUCCAGUUCCUAGUGGGAAGAUAAGUGCUAUGGGGAACAAUUAAGGCAGGAAUUAGGGGAAGGGGGGGAGGGACCAAACCCUGUAAAUGUUGUUUUCAUCAUAGACAGAUGUGUUCCUUGGAUGAGGAAGUGGGGUUCCUGAAUUCUUUUCAUCUUAGUCGCUAUUCAUCUGAUUUUGGAGAGAGUCUUCUUCGAUGCCUGGUGCUGUGUGAGACUUUCGGGGACCCUGCUGAGUGCCCCCCACUUGGGCUUUGGGUAGACCAAGAAGAGCCUGUUGUUUGGCAUUUCAUUGUCUCCCAGACCAGCGGGAACCAUGGGCGGGUGAGAGGGAACCAGCUUUUACAAUCAAAUUGCAUUGAGCUGCUGUUUCCUCAUAACAAAAUGCAAUUACCGCGGGCUCCGAAUCCUUUGGGCUUCAGAAAUCAUCAUUUAAAUAAAAACGUCCCAUUUACAGCAUCUGGCUGCUGCUGCCAGAGUUAAAAUAGCUGCUUGUCAGGAGGACUGACCCGCUCCAACACUUCCAAACUGGUUUGAGAGGGGGAGGGAGGGCUCCUCCAAGCCGCCUUCGCUAUUCUUCAGAGUCCGAGUGUGGGUUCCCAUCCACUGCAUCCAGCCCCAAACCAAGACAGGAUUGGGGUCUCAAAUCCUGGAGAAUCCCACCCCUAAAAUGGAAGAUGAAUUGUCUGUGAGUCCCGUGGUCUGGGUGGCAUUUGUGUCGGGACACAGGUGGAUGCCAGCAGAACGUGGCCUGGUAUUUUCAGUUCUCACACCUGCUGGGUUGAAGGAGCUACACUGCUUCAGUUCCUAUAGCUUCUGCCACUUGUCACCUUGUCAUGGACUUACCUGCAUAUAAAUAAAGCGCCUUAGGGCCUUACUCCUCAAAGUCUCCUAACGAAUGUCUGAUACAGUUAAGUGCCUGCAAGUCAAAAAUUCACCCCUUGUCUCUCCCCACUGGAAGCUGGAAGCCCUGAUGCAUCUUUGGUAGGGGGGGGGCAGUGCCUGUCCUGUUGCUUCAAAGUCACAGUUUGAUGCCUAGAGUCCCAAGUUCCUUUGGGACGAUUGGGAACCUGUGUGUGUGUGUGUGUGAGUGUGUGUGUGUGUGUGUGUGUGUGCGCACGAGCGGUGUCUUCUUAAAUGUUAGAGAACUGAGAGUAGAUUUGUAAUAAUACCGGAUCCAGGCAGCUUCCAGUGAAAAAGAGUGUGAACUUAACCUGAAAAAUAUUUCUCUGUUCUAUAAAUCUCCCAGUGACAUUUGGAUUAAUCAAGCAUAAUUAAAUGUAGUUAGAUUUUUGUCAGAUUGUAGUUCAAAAUAAUAUUCAUCUAUGGAGAGGGUAAUAUAUUCUGUAGAAAUUUUAUUAAGCACUUUAGUUAAGCAAGCACUAAGAAGAACAAAAUCAGCCUCAGGAAGGUUAAUUACUUAAAAAACACAAAGUAUAGUAGAUUAUGUAAAUGAUUUUAAUUUUGAAUACCAUGGCUUGAGCUUUAAUUUACAUAGGGAGGUAUUUUGGAUUUGUUUUUCACAUAUUUUUUUCGAAAGUACGGUAUUGUAAUUGUAUCCUUUAAAAUUUCUAAUAAUCUUUGGAUUCUAUUAAGUUUGCUUAACUUCUUCAUUUUAUAGUUUCCAAAAGUGAAGUACAGUUGCUUUCUUACAAAUGCAACUAAUUAUUUUAAGAUUUCACUAAGCUGCUUUUGGUUAUAGGAACUGUGUUCUUUGUUUCUCCAUCUUUAAUGAAGUGACCUUUUUAAGAGAAGAAUUUGGAGAGAGAAUGUAUAUGACAGUAUUCCACUGUGCCUGGGCUCUCGGCCAAUGUAAUUUGUAAGAGGUAAGCCAUGAGUGGGCUGGAGAGAUAGUACAGCGGGUGGGGCCUUGAUAUGGCUGACCUCAGUCCCAUCUCCAGCACCUCAUGCGGCCCCCCCAAGCCUGCCAGAAGUGAACCCUGAGCAUCGAGCCAGUAGUAAGCCCUGCGCACUACUGGGUGUGAACUAAGAACAAAAAGAAAACAAGAAAGGUAAAUUAUGAAAGCACAGAUCAAUCUUUUCAUUUUAGUAAUUUCCUUAAAGGAAAAAGUUAAGACAUCAGAUUUAUCCUAUGUUUUAUUUGUUCUCAGAAUUACAUUUUCACUACCCCUGUGCAUCUCAGGGGGAUUCUCUGAUACUUGUCACCUUGGGUAUCUCUGAAACUCAAGAUUAUGUUUAGAUUUGAGAGUUCUCAUCUAAAUAUCUAGAGCUAGAGGUUCAAAAGUAUUGUCUCAGGAACCCAAGAUCACGUUAGAACUUGAAUCUCACCCAUAUCUCUGCUCAGAUUCUGUGUGCUUUGGGCUUUUUCAUGAUAAAUGGCAUGCAAGUAUCCUUUGGUAGUUAUACAGAAAUCCCUAUCACACUUAGCUGAGAUCUUCAUAGAAAAAUCUUACAAUUUGAUUUUGUUUGAUGGUUUUGUUUCUGGGCUUUUCAUUGAGGGGUCUCUUUUCAUUGGAAUUGGGUCCUUUGGGGAUAUUAGAUUUACACUUAAAAGAAUAGGGCUGAAGAGAAAGUACGGGGUAGAUGAUACGUGCCUUUGCAUGAGGCUGACUUUGGUUUGAUCUGCGGCACUGCUUAUAUUCUCCUGAGCAUAGUCGGGAGUGAUCCCUGAGCGCAGAGCCAGGAACAGCCCCUGAACGCUGCUGUUCAUGUGCAUCACCCUCCACUUGUACAUCAGUGAACAUCCUAUUAAAUUAUUCUAACUUUCAGCAAGCUAUAAGUGGACUGAUAAUUUGGGUUCUGUGUAGAAUUUUUGCAAAUGGACCAAAAUGUCACUAUGUCAAAAAUCAUAUAUACUCUAUAAAUGAUGUGUGUAUGUCAAACUCUGGUACUUGUGGGCAGUUUAACUAUUCUUUAUCUGAACUGGCAAAAUGUCAAACUGAGAGAAAUGCACACUCAUGACAGCUACUAAUUGUUUUUAAAUGUUCUUAAGAUUCUUUGGGGGAGAAAAUGUAAAGACUCUGAACAUGCAGUCUUAUUUUGACUCUCCAUAGAUGAUAGACAUUCAAAGGCAAUGACAAAAGUCAGAUUGGAAGUCAAAGGCAUUUUUGCAAAAUGUAGCAAAACAAGAGUAGUUUGGGGAAAAUAGGUUGCUUGUGGAGUAUAACAAGUCAUAUUGUUGUGUGAAACACCCUGGCAUUCCUUUCAUCAGUUGAGCUGUUAAACCAUGGGAAAUUUUAAUUGUUAUUUUCACUGGCACUAAAUUUAAAUUCAGAAGUGACUUGCACAUCUAUUUAGAAAGCUGCUGAGGUCACUUUUCCCCGUGCCUAAUUAGCAUUAGUGGCUCAGAAUAUUUACAGCUAAAGUGUGUAUUGCCCAGGAUGCGGAAGUCCAGAGACUACCCACUGCUGGAGAGGGAACAGGUUGAGUCGCAGGCUUUGACCAUCCUUCCCCAGGCUGUCAGGAGGCAGGGUUAGCCUGGCUGUUGCCACCUGCUUCAGACGGAAACUAGAAAGGCUUGCCAAGACCCGAGAUCAGCUCCCUCGGACUGUGGAACUCUUCCUGGGGAAAGUGGCCCAGAAAGUCCUUUGGUGUUUUGCUUUUUCACUUUUCAAGCUUCCAAUUGAAGCUGGCAUGUGAAUUUGACCACGAAAUUGUGCAUGCACGCAAAAACAUUUUUAAAAACUAGAACAAGGCACAUAUAUCUUGACAAGUAGAUAUCAUGGUGAGGUUUGUCUAAAAAAUAUUAAAAUGGGGCCGGAGCAAUAGUACAGCGGGUAGGGCAUUUGCCUUGCAUGCGGCCAACCCAGGUUCGAUUUCCGGCAUCCCCAUAUGGUCCCCUGAAUAACACUAGAGGUCAUUUCUGAGUGCAGAGCCAGGAGUAACCCCUGAGCAUCACCAGGUGGACCCAAAAAGAUAUAUAUAUAUAUACAUAUAUAUAUAUAUAUGAUUGUAGUGUUGUAUCUGUUCAGUUGACUUUACUCAGUAUUUGAAGAAUCAUGUUCUGUUGCCUCCUCCCACGUGUUCAUUCUGUCCACUUUCACAUUUAUUAUUAUUUUCUCUUUUCCUUUCUUGUGCUGCACUACCCUGGAAUUGAAUGUUUUGUUAAAAAAAAUGGGGUUGUGUUUGACUCUGUUCUGGGCAACGUGACACAUGCCCCUUUUAGCAUUCUAGCUCACCCUGAUCUCUGUCGAGUUCCUUGGUGUUAGAAUUAUUUGCGGUUGUAAUUGCUGCCUCAGGUUUGUAUACACAUCCCACCAUCUGUUGCUCUGAGUUCACAUCCUCACAAAGUACACACAUGCUUGCCAUUCGAAUAGAUCCCAGAUGUAGAUUGCAAGUUGUGAAUACUUCAGAAAUGCUUGCGCCAGAUAAGGCAAGCACCACGGAGUCAAAUCUAUCACUGCAAGUUUAUCGAAUGCUGUGUUUCAAUGUCCAGUGACUUGCUGGGCUGAAUUUUCCUCCGAACUUCCUCACUCAUAAAAGCAGCAGCUACACAGACCAAUAGCUACUUUGACAAGUGAAAAAUAUGAACUUACGUGAAAUGGAAGUUUAUUACAGGGCCUGUGCCCUAUAAGUCUAUUCUGACCCAGGUCACUGCAUCUGUCAUCUUAGUUGCAGUGGUAGAUCCUUCUGUGGUCUAAUCCCUCUCACCUCUAAACUUUGUCUUUCACGUGUUCAAUUUCUGAAAUUCAGUAUGUGAACAGCACCAAGCAUCUUUGCAAGUUCCCGGAAGAGAAAGGAUUCUUACUUAUUAUAGAUUUUAGGAAAAACAAGUUGUUUGGAUUCUCUAUAGCAGGGGACAUUGAGUGUGUGUCCCUUGUUCAUGAGCAGCCUUGUAGUUUGUGAGGGAUGUCAGCCUCCCCCUGCCCAGUUGUGUGUUGUCUGGGGACCUGGCUAUUAUGUGGUCAUAAGUAAAAGGUGGCUUUGAGGUCAUUUGUUUCUCCAUGCUCGUGGGGAAAAAGUGCUGUUGAUGGUUGGGAAAACAUAAUUUGAGAAGUGUGUGGCUCGGAUACUGUUCCCCAUUUGUGGCCACCUUGGGUAUUUGUCACAGUCAAACUAGUGCUGGAGCACGCGGAUGAGUCUGUACUGCAAUCACCUGAACAAUAAAUAAACUGGUAGUUGUGA